AUGAGUCAUGGAAUUCCCCGCUACAGCUCCAAAGAGCGCAACAAGGAAUCUCACCAGCAAGAACUUCGUAAAAUCGAAACUUAUCGAGAGCUGGAUCAAUUAGUUCGUGGGAAGAUUGCGGAGCAUGAGUAUACCCUAGAAACGCUGCAGAAAAUAUCCGAAUUACUUGGCAGGAACCCGGAGUACUAUACCGUAUGGAACUAUCGACGUCAGGUUCUACGGCAUGAAUUCUCGCGAGCACUGUCCAAUGACUCGGAGGAAUCUGCGGCUGACCAGAUAACUGCAUGGAUCAAGAAGGAUUUGCAGUUCUUGAUCCCGCUUUUGCGCAGCUUCCCCAAAUGCUACUGGAUCUGGAAUUACCGCUUAUGGCUUCUUGAUGAAGCUAGGCGCCUGCUUCCGCUCCCAGUUGUCCGUAGACUAUGGGAAGAAGAGCUUGCCCUGCUGCAUUUAACUUCGAAAGAGACUGGCAAGGCGAGCAGGACCCAAGAAGAGUUCGAGUAUGCCAAGAAGAUGAUCGGUGCGAAUCUUUCGAACUUCUCGGCGUGGCACUAUCGAACGAAACUCAUCCAGCGCUUAUUAAACGAGCAAUCGGCUACCGAUGACGAGCGACGAAAGAUGCUCGAUGACGAGCUCGAACUCAUUCAUCGCGCCCUGUGUGACCCGUACGACCAGUCUUUGUGGUUCUAUCACCAAAAUCUGAUGUGCACUUUUGUCCCUACCCUUUGCGAGCAAACCAUGGCUCCCAAUCUAAGUAACCCUGAACGGCUGGACUAUCUGCGACGGGAGAUUGACAAGAUUCAAGAUAUGCUGGAUGGGGCGGAAGAUUGCAAGUACAUCUACCAAGCGUUGAUUGACUGCACCCUGUUAGCGGCGAAGGUGGAGGGCAGCAUGAGCAGUGGCGACCAGAAGAAGAUCCUAGGCUGGUUGUCCGAACUGAAGCAGCUGGAUCCGCUGCGACGUGGACGAUGGUUAGAUUUCGAACGAUCCCUCUGCAGCUGA